CCAGCUUCAAGCAUUGCUAUUAGAGAGAAUAGGGAUUUGGUUCACGACGCUGGCCACGGAACAGAAGCAGCUGGCAGUCUCAAACCUAUUCCUGACACCUCUUGACCCAGUCGUUGCCAUAUUGUACAGGUGGCCAUCACUCCUGGCAGUUUUGCUAUCCUCUCUGCUCCCGCCGACAUGGCGAGACCGAGUGUCAAUGUCGUCUCUUCUGCCAUCGCUUGGACGUGCAGCAACUGUCGCCAGAAAAUGCGACCAAGUCUCUUGCCAUCCUUGAAGAAUAGGCCUUGGAUGCGGUAUUCCAGAUGGCCUCAGAUGUCGUCCUUUUCCACCUCAUCAAGUCGAUCAAUAGACGCCGAACCCCCAGUCGAGAUUCGUGCAGCUCCCGAGAUAAAAUUCGACAAGCCCAAAGUUGACACGGAUGCAUCGACACCUUCACCGGCUCGGAUUAUUCCAAGCUCACCAUCCUAUUUCACCGGCUCUCCUACUUUCACCGACGACACUUUACUUCUACAAUCCUUGGUGGAUAAAUACAGCCAGGUGCCAACCGUUGCAGCCGACCAGAUUCCACGAGCAUAUUGGGUGACGGUUGGGCAUUAUCGAUCUACCGUCAGCGAAAGGGUAACAUCGUCCAAAUUUGCCAGGCUGCAGCGCCUCCUCGGCCAAUUGAACAGGAUCCAUCGCUCUUUUAUGCCAGAAGAGGUACAAACCGUCUUGCAACGCUUCACACGACCGGGACUCGAGAAAAUCGCACAAGCAAAAGUUGGCAAGAUUGACCAAUGGGGUCGGUCACUAGGAGUUGGCCGGAGGAAAGAGUCAACUGCAAGAGUUUGGCUGGUGGAAGGGACAGGUGAAGUCUUGGUCAACGGCCGAAGCAUCACCGAGGCAUUUCCUCGACUCCACGACCGAGAAAGUGCACUGUGGGCACUGAGCUCCGCCCAGCGCAUGGACAAGUACAAUGUUUUUGCGCUCAUUCAAGGAGGAGGGCUCACUGGACAGGCCGAAUCAAUGACGUUGGCCCUUGCAAAAGCAUUGUUGGUACACGAACCGGCUCUCAAGCCUGCUCUGCGUCGAGCUGGCUGUGUUACUUCAGAUGCGAGACGUGUCGAGCGAAAGAAGCCUGGACGGGUCAAGGCUCGCAAAAGGCCAACUUGGGUUAAGCGAUGAGCACUGGGACUACGGGGCGAGAUAUGUAAACACAAACUGCGCCUUGCUCGAUACCAUUAUUGUUGCCAGUUACUUGUACAUUAUCGGCUUGUGGACGGGUACAUUCAGGUGCGACUUUAUCAGAUGAGCACUAGUUGUUUCACCAUUGAUCGAGCACAUGUCAGACACCUUGUCAUUGAUGUUGACGGGUGUGAGUCAUAAACUGUACAAAGUUGAUCCACGAUGGUGUCUGAACUUCAACGGACCUGUCUGUAACGUGCUCUGGCUAGGAAGAGACCGGAGCUGGAGCUUGCCUAAUCCAUCUCUUUGUCAGCAGGCGCCUGUGGUUAGAAGCGUUUACGGUGGGUUUGCUGCAAUUGCAAGAUGUUGUUGUCAUAUAGAUCAGACCUAGCUACCGGACCUGAGUGCUGUAGCCUAUAAUAAAGUGAGAGCAUGACAACAGUCAUUCUACAGCGCAACACGGUCAGCAGUCAUGGGCCAAUGCAAUAAUGAUGAGGCACAGAUGUG